AUUUUCCUGCGUUUUCCCAACUCCCAAACAAAGGAAUCGAAAAACAAGAGUGAAUCAGCAGUCUACAACACUCUCCUUCAAAAUCAAAAAAAUUUCCAAGUUAUUGUACAAUUCAGAUUUUAUUUGAAGAAGAAACCCCAAAACUAGGUAGAUUUGACGCAGAUCUAGUGUAACCUAUAGUGGUUUAAAUGGACAAGGUUGUGGAGGCUGUUGAGAAGGCGAAGAAGGAUUGGGAAGAGGCGUAUCGACGAACCAAAGACACGAUCAAGUCAAUCGAAGAGUUCGGUAAAUCAACAACAGGAAGCUCCGAUGCGGAGCAGAAGAAUUCUCUGCCCAGAUUGAAUGGCAUCGCACAGGACGCUCUGGCUUUGCUCAAUUCUUUGCACUUCAAUCUCGAUCUUCUCGCUCCUCAGCUACCCACUGACGAUCAAGUUCAGGCCGCCCAGUCCUUGCUCGAUUCAUGGAAACACCAAAUCCAAAGUUUGCGGUUGAGUUUGAGAAAUGCGAAUUUGCAAGCAAAGGCUAACAUGAGGAAAGCGGCUCAGGAAGAGAGAGAACUUCUUUUGGGAGGAGGAGAAGAGUCCACAAUUCGCAGGCGCAAUUUACAGACGAAAGCUGGAAUGACAUCUGCUGCAGAAAGCAUCACUGAGAGCCUUCGGCGAACUCGUCAGCUGAUGGUUCAGGAGGUUGAAAGAAGUGCAAGCACACUUGUGGCUGUUGAGGAAUCUACAGGAGUAUUAAGGAAGGCUGAAAGCGAAUACAAGGGACACCGCUCAUUGCUGUCACGAACCCGAAACCUACUCUCAACAAUGCAACGUCAAGACGUCCUUGACAGGGUUAUAAUUGUUAUCGGAUUUCUGUUGUUCUCGUGUGCUGUUCUCUACGUUGUGUCAAAGCGUAUUGGACUACUCAAGUUGCAAAGGCAAGUCACUGCUGCCAUAAAGGCCGGUAUGGCUGGACAAGCAGAGAUUGGACUCAGACCUGAUGGGAAUGGCAUAAACUUUGCUCGGGUCAAUGAAAAUGUAGUUCCUAACGUGGAUGUACCAUUAGAACAGCGCAUGCAUGAUGAACUCUGAAGUUUCUGAGAAUCUCCUACAUUCUUUCUGUAAAUACUAGUUUCCCUAAUUACUACAUACCAUGGUGCUUGGUCUGUACCUGGAGUUCAUGGUUCGGUUUCACAAAAAUUGGUCAAGAGUAUAGCACACAAUCUGCCACACUUUUAUGGCUUUCUCUUGUUCUUUUUGUUUUAAUUUUCAAGUGAGUUGAAAUGUUUAUUUUUGGUUAAUGACUUGGAAUUUUAACAGAAGCGUACUCUCUUUUUGGUGAUAUUUCACUCUCAUAAGGUUCUUUUGAAAUA